CACCUUAGCCAAUCCAAAGGCGUGGGGGCGGGGCCGGAGAUGGGAGCUGUGAAAGAAGUUUGCUGACUAAGAUGGCGACUGAGGCGCAAAGUGAAGGGGAGGUGCCAGCCCGCGAUUCUCGCCCGAGUGAUGCCAUCUGUAAUUUUGUUAUCUGCAAUGACUCCUCCCUUCGAGGGCAACCCAUUAUCUUCAAUCCUGACUUUUUUGUGGAGAAACUCCGACAUGAGAAACCUGAGGAGUUCACCGAGUUGGUGGUCAGCAAUAUUACAAGGCUCAUUGACUUACCUGGAACCGAGUUGGCUCAGCUGAUGGGGGAAGUGGACCUUAAAUUGCCCGGUGGGGCCGGCCCAGCAUCUGGAUUCUUCCGGUCUCUAAUGUCUCUUAAGCGAAAGGAAAAAGGAGUGGUAUUUGGAUCCCCAUUGACAGAGGAAGGCAUUGCCCAGAUAUACCAACUGAUUGAGUAUCUACACAAAAACUUGAGAGUAGAGGGUUUGUUUAGAGUACCAGGGAAUAGUGUCCGACAGCAGAUUUUAAGAGAUGCUCUCAAUAAUGGAACUGAUAUUGACUUGGAAUCAGGGGAGUUUCAUUCAAAUGAUGUUGCUACCUUGCUGAAGAUGUUUCUGGGAGAGUUACCUGAGCCCCUGCUGACUCAUAAACAUUUCCAUGCGCACCUCAAAAUUGCUGAUUUGAUGCAGUUUGAUGAUAAAGGAAACAAGACCAAUGUACCGGAUAAGGAGAGGCAAAUUGAGGCUCUCCAGUUGCUCUUCCUCAUUCUUCCUCCACCCAAUCGUAACUUGCUGAAGUUAUUGCUUGAUCUCCUGUACCAGACAGCAAAGAAACAAGACAAGAAUAAGAUGUCUGCCUAUAACCUUGCCCUUAUGUUUGCACCCCAUGUCCUGUGGCCAAAAAAUGUCACAGCAAAUGACCUCCAAGAGAAUAUCACAAAGUUGAACAAUGGGAUGGCUUUUAUGAUUAAACACUCACAGAAACUUUUUAAGGCUCCUGUUUAUAUUCGGGAAUGUGCCAGACUGCACUAUUUGGGCUCCAGAACUCAAGCAUCAAAGGAUGAUCUUGAUCUGAUAGCUUCAUGUUCUACUAAGUCCUUCCAACUGGCAAAAUCUCAGAAACGGAACUGGGUGGAUUCCUGCUCUCACCAGGAGGAGACCCAGCAGCGUACGGAAGAGGCAUUGAGAGAACUGUUCCAACAUGUUCACAAUAUGCCAGAGUCAGCAAAGAAGAAACAACUUAUUAGACAGUUUAAUAAGCAAUCUGUGACCCAAACACCAGGGCGAGAAUCUUCUACUCCUCGGGUACAGAAAAGAGCCCGUUCACGUUCCUUCAGUGGCCUUAUUAAGCGGAAGGUCCUGGGAAAUCAGAUGAUGUCAGAAAAGAAAAACAAGUACCCUACUCCGGAAUCUGUAGCCAUUGGUGAAUUGAAGAGAACCAGCAAAGAAAAUAUGAACUUAUUAUUUUCUGGCUCUCCAGCUGUCACGAUGACACCAACAAGAUUGAAAUGGUCUGAGGGGAAGAAAGAGGGGAAAAAAGGAUUCCUCUGAAGGAUCCAGAAUUCUCCUGUUGUCCAUCCAGAAUUUUCUCAUUGGUGGACCAGGCAUCAUUACUGCUCACAGAGAAGCUUGGACUUGCAGCUUGCAUGCUGCAUUUUGCAUUGUGAAAGUCAACUAAUCCUAUGACCUGACUGAUACCUCUAACCCCACUCACUGGAUGUCUGCAAACUCUGUCUACUGAAUGGGUGCUAGCAUCUCUCUCUCUUUUUGAAAAUAUUGUGGAGAAACCACUAACCAGCCAACCAGCUCACGUAGCACAGUAAAUGGGCAGAACCAGGUGGGCUACAGUGCUUAUUCCAUGUAUUUGUUUGAUAUUAUUUUUUAAAAUAUGAAAGUUGUAUUCAACUACCAGUGAUUUUUUUUUUUUAAGUACUGUCAGUCCUAGUGGAUUAAUAUUAUUUUCAACUGAUACUUGAGGCUUUUCUCUGUUUUGAUGGCGUAUUUUGGUUGUUUCUUGUUUAUUUGUUGUUGUUUUUUUUGAAGCCAUUUUUUAUUUAUGUCAUCUAAAUUGCAUCUAAGACAGAUGUCUUUCCCUUCUUUUCCACCUUAAACUUUGGGAAAGCUUUUUAUCUCAUGAGGCUGUAUUCCUCAAUAUCGUUUCUGUUCAAAGAACUUACAGCUUUCCUAGAAAUAGAAAAAUUAUUUCUUGGACCUGAGUUAUUGAAAAAGGAGAAUUCAGAAUGAUACCAUAUUUUAACAAAUGUCAGUUUUUAACUUUGUCCCUUCCUCCCUCCUUUCCUCUCUCCCCCUUUCUUUCCCUCUCCUUAGUGAUGACAAAGUAAUUGUGUGGUUGUGGAACUUGUCUUCUUCAUUCAGUCUCUCCUCACCUAAAACAUCUCUGGUGCCACUAUUUCUGUGCCAGAUCACUGUGACUCAAGGAAAGUCACCAAUGGCUUGAGAGAGAUUUACUGAAAUAUCUGAAUGUACUGGAAACUCUGGAGUGUGACUAGGUUGGGGCCAGCUGGCUUUAUGUCCAGGGUGACACCUUGUGGUUGGGGUGAUCUUUCACCUUCUAAGGGAUUGGGUGUGAGGCUAGACUUGUCUCCUGAGAGCAGGAGUCACAGGGGGAAGUGAGCAUCACUCUCUGCAGGGCUGAGAGGAUUUCAAAGAGCAUAUUCUCCCUUGGAAGCUGUUGUGGCUCAUCAUCAGUGUUUGAGGAGGGUUGCCGCACCGCCCCCGUCCUUGUCAGGAUGGGUGCAGGAGUAGUUUGGAGGUGGGGCUGGGGCUUUGACUGGGUUGGGGAUGUUCAUGUGUGUUUGAGGUAAGCAAGCAGUGGCAUGGCUUUGAUCUGUUGUAUAUACUCACUGCCUAGAGAGCAGCAUGUGGCAGGAGAGAGCGUUUGGAGUGGGCCUGCUUUCUUAAGCUGUGUAAUGGCUCAAACCCUGUGCAGGAGCUCAGUCAGGCUCUGUGAGGAAGCAGUGCCCAGCAAAGUAUGACUUGCUAACUAUCUUGAAACUCUUGAAAGAGCUGUAUUUCUGCCGAAAUGAAAGAUGACUCUGGGGGUUCACAGUUUGGUUUUGUGGCCAGCUAUCCUCUCUUCCAUACUUUCCUGUUUCAUUUGCUGCUUAAUAGCAGUAGUGAAGAGAAAUGUAAAAUUUGGCCUUCCAACUUGGAUCGUGAACAAUAGAUGGUGGGGUGUAUAAGCCUGCUUAAAAGCCCCUUUCUCUAGAGCAGUUUUAUAUCAUCCUUAAAAAUACUUAUUAGCAAAUAUGUUUGUGUAGGUUUCUAUUUGGCUUUUUUAUUAUUGAGAAAAUAAGGACCAACUACCAGUGAAUGCACAGAGAGACUGCUUUUGAUUCGACCAGACUGGAAUAGUAUUCUCCCUUAACCUGAUACUUCCUUUCUUUAUUUGUCUAAGUGUUUCAUCCCAUAGUGGUAUGGUCUGUUAAACAUGCCUGGCAUCAGGUGGAGAGAGCAGAGCAGUGACCUGAUACCUUCCUGUCUUCGGCUUUGUUCUGGGGUUCUAUUUGAGGGAGAGGUAGCUGAGAUUUAGAAGACUUUGGUUGAAUGGAAUUGGUAACCUAGGUGUUGUGCCAGGGCUAGGGUGGUGAGAGAGAUGCUUGCCACAUGCACAUGCUUUUGUACAGCUUGCCCUCUUGGGCACUUUAUGUGUGAAUUUGGGUAUGCAUGUUUCAUUUAAGUUAUUUAUUAAAUAUACUUUCCCUUGCUUAAAGGGUGGGAUAGGUCAUUUUUAAAUAGAAGUUGUGAUCCAGUUGGAAUCCAAAUUUGAGAAAUAAACAGCAUAACCUUCUGCCUUGUAAUAUUUGAGUGUUCUAAUCCUAUGGAAUCUUAUGGAGAACUCAAAGACAAAAGCCCUUUAUCAAAAGGAGCAGGAUACUGUCUCCUUUCUGACUUGGUGGGGGGUGUAUUUUUGAGCCAGUAUUUAACAGUUUUUUUUUUUUAAUCUAUAAGAUGUUGUUGUUUUUUUUAAUCUGCUAUGUUUAUUUUUCAUGUUGGAACAGUCUCUUUGGAAAUGCUUCCUUUUAUGGCUUUUAACAUUUCAUUUCUUUCUGGGGUCAGUUGUGAUGGAUUCUGAUGUGAUGUUAGUACAGGACAGUAGACUUGUGCCAGUGGGCAUAAAUGUGAAGACACAGAGCACCUCCUUGAUUCAGGUCCGGGGUGAGCUACACUAGUUGGAUCAGUGAAAACCACAGACACUGGAAUGUCUAACCUUUUAUAAUGAUAGACUUUUGCACUGAGACCAGGAAAUCUGGUUUGAAAGACUCCACUGCCACAGUGAAAGAUUAAAAGAUCCUGAUUGUACCUGAGUGCCAAAACAUGUUAAAGGAGCUGGUACUUAAUUGGUUAUAACUGAAACCACAGCUGGUCCUCCACCCACUCUUCACCCUGAAUAUCCUUCUAGGGAGCACCCUUGGGAAAUGGAGUAGUGCAGAACUCUUGACUGUGGUGACCACUGGGAGAUCUAGAGGUGGCCGUUUUCUUGACCUGUAAGGAAGCCAGCAGAUCCCAGAGUGUCAGAGCAGAGCCUUUCUUUCCUCCCAGAUGCAGUGUUUUUGUGUAGUUUCCCUCACAGGAGACUCUGUUAGGAUAUGGUUUAAAAUACUGCCUUCUAGGAGAACCUAUGGUCAUUGUUCCUGUGCCCCGCAGUGACCAGCUGUGUGGUCCAUGCAUAACUGGGGAAGCGGUCUUUGGGAACAGACUUCUCUAGACACUUGCUGCUUCCUUAUAUCGUACAGGGCCUCACACACAUGCUGGAAGGUCUUUUCUAAAUAGAACUUCUUUUCCCAGAGAGAGCCUCAUCCCUGUCCCCUUCACCCUGAAGCUUUUGUACUGAAGAUGGGACCUUGAUUUAAACCUGGAUAUUGGCAUUUGGCAAGAUUGCUCUAGAAUUUGGGGAAAAUUUGGGUUCCUAAGAUGCACAAGCUUUUCAAAACCAAUCUAAAACUCCCCCGGAAAAGCUAGCUUUCCUAGACAGUCAGUACUGACAUCUUUCCACUAGUGGAGAAUCAGUGGAGGGGCUAGCGAGGUGAGUACAUAAUAGCCUGAGUGCUUGGGUUGCCAUGGAAACUGGAGUGUGCGAGGCCACAGCCGGGGGGCUGAAGAGCCAUUGAGCACUCCCACAGAUGCUUCGAAACUGGCAGAGCCUGUUGGGAAAAACACUCCCACCCGGAGCCCUCCAUAGUAGGGGUCGCCCUUGGCUCUCCCUGAUCUUGCUCAACAAGAGAAGCAAGGUUCCUUAACUGUUUCACCAUUUUUUUGUAUUUCAUUCUUCUUUGACUGUAUAUCAGAUAUAUAUAUAUAUAUAUAUAUAUAUAUAUAUAUAUAUAUAUAUAUAUGUA